GACACGGGUUACGUAACGUGGAUAACGUACAUUACUCAGCGACUGUGGAAGUUAAUGUAAGCGCUCGACGACAUUAUAUGCGUCACGCACAGGUCGUAAACAGCGAACACAAUUUGUGGACUUAUUUUGCUUUUACCGUUUAAGCGAUAAUGAAAUUAUCACUGUAUGUUGCGUUUCGCUCGCUAGAACGUUGACGCAAGAACGAGAGGAAAGGAGAUAGAAAUCGUGAGGAAGUGGAUACAUAAGACGACUAAAUUACAGUGAAACGCCGCGCUGUGAUUACAGAUUGCGAAUCCGUCGACAUUACGUUACAUUUCUCUUUCUCCUCAGACACGGACGCGAAGAUAUUGGAGCAUGACACUUUCAAUUACGCCGACGUUUUCAAUUGCGCUCGCGAAAUGGAUACUCCGGAAAUAACUUUGCGCUAUCUAAUUUUUUUUGUGCGCUCUCUGCCGUAACGUUAACGAUUUUUGAAUAAUGAGAAGAUCCCUAUUUAGUUGGCUUUUUCCACAACUGCAUUUUAAGUAUAUUUCAAUCUACAAAAUGUUUUAUUUAUUCCGCGACAUUAUCGACGCCGAAUGCGCGUAGAGCCUGAUGAAUGAAUUAAUUAAUUCAUGCUAAAUAUACCUGAAACUUCUCUCCAAUGCCAGUUUUUUUUUUUUUUUUUUAUGAUGCCGGUCAGCCUUGAAGUCUCGUUCUCGAUGCAUUGCGUUUAUCUGAAGAAUAUUUAAUAUUAAUCGGGUUUUUUUUUUUUAACAUCAAGGUCGGGCUAAUGUUUAUUAUACAUAUACACAUUAUGCAUUAAGGACUUUUACAUACACAAUAAGUUUUUAUUUAUAUCUCGAUCACGUAAACGUGCAACAGUACGUGAAAAAUUGUGCAUCGAAAGUUAAAAUUUGCAUAUUAAAUUUUCGAGAUAUACGAAGAUAUUUUGAUGCUGUUAUUUGCUAUACAAUUCUCUUUGGUAUAUAUUUCUUUACCUCAAAACCAACAAUUGUAUUAAUUAAUCGUCACUUAUUUCUUAUUAUUUAUGUCUUAUUCUGUUUAUAAGAUUACAUUUGAUUAAUUUUAAUCAUAUUGGCAAUUGAAACGCAAUCAAAUUUUCUUUUUCUAAACAUAUCGCGACAGCGAGAUAACAUCACAUGGAUUCCAUAUGAGACAAACAAAACUCGGAGAGAAUCGCCCGAUCACAUUUAACGUCAAAUGUCAAAAGCUUUAUUAAAUCUCUCGUACAUGCCUUGUCGGAUUUUCAUUUUUCAUUAUUUUAAUGAUUUCACGGUUUCUCUCUCUUUCUCUUAUAGUUUCGCAUGUUUAUCUCAUUUUGAUUCUAGAGGAUAUAAUGUAUGUGGCAUAAUUAAAAGAAUUUAAUUAUUUUUCGCACGGGGAAUGAGAUGUACCGGGAGAGGGGUUGACGGUACGCGGUGAAGAAGGGGGAAGGGGAAGACUCGGUAGGCGCCCGCCGACCGUAGACGACGGUAAAAACGGGUGGCAGUGAAUAGUCCGCGCUCGCGGUAGCGCUCGUGUUCGUCGCAUUGAUAAAGUCAAAGAUGGCCGACCACAGAGAACGGGAUUCGUAUUAUUCGCAAACGGAUCUGCGCUCGAAGAACGACGAUCCGCCGAACUCUCGUCUCUUCGUCAUCUGUCACAAGAGCCUCGAGGAGGAUGAUCUCAGGAAGGCGUUCGAGAAGUUCGGCAAGAUCGAGGACAUCUGGGUGGUUAAGGAUCGUAACACGGGCGAGAAUAAAGGCGUUACGUAUAUCAAGUUCUCCAAAACGUCCGAGGCGGCGUUCGCCCUCGAGGAGAUGAACGGCAAAAUGCUGGGCUCCGUCGGCAGACCUAUCAAAGUGAUGAUCGCCUCAAAUCGAGAUCAGGGUUCGGUGCGCGAGACGAACGAAGAGGAGAGGUGGGUUCGACUGUUCUGUGUCUUACCGAAAACGAUGACUGACAGCGAGCUGCAGCAGGAGUUCUCCAAAUUCGGUGCUAUCGAGUACGCAACCGUGGUGAAGGAUCGCAGCACGAACGAGUCCAAGGGUUUCGGCUACGUCAAGUUCAAGAAGGUAUCCAGCGCAGCACGAGCAUUCGAGGAGUGCGACAGAAAGUACAAGGCGGUUUUCGCCGAGCCGAAGAAGCCGAAACCCGAUCACAACGAUGCCAAAUAUAACAACGGUCUGUCCAGCGCCGCGUACGACGGUACCGGCGGCAGUUACGGCACGUCCAACUUCGGCAAGAGCAGCAUUAGUCUAGAGAUAGCGACCAACUAUUCCAACUCGGAUGGCUACACGCGUCUACAGGUGAUCGCACAUCCGGCAUUAAAUCAAGAUCAGCUGUGGAAGCUGUUUGAUAUAGUGCCCGGUAUGGACUACUGCCACUUGAAGACCGACGUGAGAUACAGAAUGCCACGCGGACAGGCGGUUGUGGUGUACAACAAUCCGAGCGCGGCGGCAUAUGCGCGCGAGAAGUUUCACGGUUUCGAGUACCCACCUGGUCAUCGGAUGAUCGUCAAACCGGAUUUGACGAGCGCACCACCGAAGAGCGCGACGAAGCCGGGCGGUUCGACGGCGGUCGGCAGCGUCGCCAACGCGAGGACGGAUCUAGCACAUUUGGCGGAGACUAUCGCUCAAGCAACGUCGUUGAUUCAAGCCGCAGGAUUGACGGCACCGAGCUUGGAUCACAUAUCUGUAAAGCUACCGCCGGCGCAACCGAUGGCGAGCAUCGACGCCGAGGUAGCCAAGAGAUGUUUCAUUGUCUGCGGCCCGCCGGUACCACCCAUCUACGCUAUGAAGGAUGCAUUCUGUAGGUUCGGAAAUCUCAUAGAUGUAUAUAUGUUACCCGGCAAAAAUUGCGGCUACGCCAAAUAUGCCAGCAUUGACAGCGCGAACGAGGCCAUUGAGGUUUUGCACGGGCAAGAAAUCUGUGGUUCUCGACUGAAGGUGCUAGAGGCGGAGGAACGGAACGUCGGCGAGGAUCGGCGAAAACGAUUACGGAUGGAUGAGGACGAAAAUUGAGCGGAUUCUUUAAAAAAUCGUAUCUCACUGACUGGUAUACACAAGCUGGACGCACGCAACAAAAAGAGACGAAUUUAAAGACUACUCACUUGACCACGUCAAGGGCCUGCAUCCAGGGAAAACUACUCCAACUACCUACCUAUAUAUAUAUAUAUAUAUUUAUAUAUAUAUAAUAUAUAUAUUUUUAACUGUUCGCUUUACGUUCGCGCAACUGCAACAACGUUACUGAAACCUUUAACUGCUACUCUACUAUUACUACUACUACUACUUUUUAUCCUCUUACAUGUUCGUUCACACGAUUUAUAGCGCUCGCGCGCGGAGGACUCAUGUUUCUGUUACUUUAAGAGGCUUGUGCGAACGGUUGAUUUCGUUGAGCAUUCGUUCGCUGUAUACCUAGCAAGCGCAUGGAUCCCUAUGUGUGUACAUUUUCUACGCUGGAACUGCAGAACUUUCCGAGAAUCGAGGGAAACAAAGCGCACCUAAAGACGCAUGAGGCGCACGUACCGAUUCGUUUCCCGCAUCGAUUCCUGCGAGAUCUUUCCUCUCUUCUUAUUCCGAUUUAUAGCUUUAUUUGUCUAGAAUGUUACCUGUUUAUUACGAUACAGAUCGUAUUUUCUCGGACGGUGAACUGUCCGAGCUGUUCAAAUUAAAAGUUUAAUUAACUAAAUUAAAGCUUUAACUCGACAAUGGUAAAAAGGAAAAAAUAACAUUAAUAUAUAUAUUUAACGAAUAGUGAGAAUAUUUUGUUCAAUGGCAAAAAUAUAUUUCUCUACUAUAAUAUAUACGUAAAUUUUGUUUUAUAUGUAUAAAAAGCAAUAUACGGAAUGCACUAAAGUACAUUUCUUUUUGUAAAAUAAGAGUGCUGUCCGUUCGCACAGGCUUUUAGGUAUAAUCUGUGCCUUAGGUUUAGCAAAAGAAAAAUCUUUUAUUUAUAUUUACAUUUCUGUACUUUUCUUUUAUAGUUAUAUUGCGUGCAGGAAGCAAAAUGACUUGUACUUUAUACACCAUUGACAACUUUCACACGACGAUAGGUAUUAAAAUUAUUGCGGAUUAAAAAACAAAAACUGCAAAAUAAGGUAUAUCCUUGAGAUACCGGUGCAAAUAUUUAUCCUAUGUAUGAUUGUUCAUGGUCGGAUUCUGUUCUUUGUUAACACAUUACACCUUUUUAUAUCGUACAUCGAGAGAGAUCAUGUUUAUUAUAAAAUAUUUUUAACUAUUUUGUAAUAAAAUGAAACGUGUAUUACGUCUUUUUCGUAAGAAAGAGAAAACGUUACCGCUUAAAUUUUUAAAUAACCAAAAUUUUACUUUUAGUUCUUCCAAACAAGAAAGUUUUGAUUCAUUUCUUACCUUAAGAACUACCCAUGAAAAAAUUAUCGACUUAUUAAAAAAAGUGGGUUCACCGAAAGAAACGGUGAAUAUUUUUCGACUUUUAAUAUAUAAUAAAAAUUUUAUAUAUACAAGAAAGUAUAUAAUAUACUGAUAUAAAAUGUUGCCAAAACGUAUGUUAAAUGCUUUUAAUUGCGUGGUUGCAUCUUGUUUUGGAAGCUAUCGAUGUAUCAAAUGUACUGGUAUGUAAAUUAUCUUUCAUGUUUAAGAAAGUACAAAGAAAAAAAA